CUAAAAUCUUUCGUCGCAUCUCAGUUUCACUUACCAUGUCACAACCAAGCACAUACGGAGACUUGAGCCAUCUCCUUCCGACAAACUGGAAAAAGACGGUUUCCUCUUGGUUGGACGAAGACACACCUUCUUUCGACUACGGGGGCUUUGUGGUCGGUGAAACGGAUCAAGUUGCCAUCUUGUACGGGAAAGCCCCGGGAGUGCUCGCAGGAGUACCAUUUUUCGACGAAGUGUUCCGUCAAGUAGAUUGCAGAGUUGAAUGGUUUCUAAAGGAGGGGGAGUUCUUCAGUCCGGGGGAAAAUGGCCGAAAAGAGGUGGCAAAAGUGCAUGGUCAUGCUCGUAAUCUAUUGUUAGGUGAAAGGCCCGCUUUAAACAUGCUUGCGCGUGCAAGUGGCAUCGCUACACGAGCACGACGACUUCGGGAGCUAAAAGAUAAGCACAAUUGGAAGGGAGUCAUCGCUGGCACUCGAAAGACCACUCCUGGCUUUCGAAUUGUUGAAAAGUAUGCUAUGCUUGUCGGGGGUGUGGAUACACACCGCGUGGAUUUGUCCUCAAUGAUUAUGCUAAAGGACAACCAUGUCUGGGCUACUGGCUCGAUCACGAAUGCGGUACGGGCGGCGCGUUCAACAGGUGGAUUUGCGCUGAAAAUAGAAGUGGAAUGUCGCACGGAGGCGGAGGCAGAUGAGGCUAUAGAAGCGGGUGCUGACAUCAUCAUGUUGGAUAAUUUCGAUGGCAAUGGUCUCAUCUCAACGGCGAAGAAAUUAAAGGAUAGGUACGCAGGAAAGAGGAUGUUCCUGAUCGAAGGCAGUGGCGGACUGACUGAGGAAAACGUUUCGUCAUACUUCGGUGAAGGUGUCGACGUUCUUAGUUUUGGAUCUCUAUCACAAAGUGUUCCACAUAUUGACUUUUCACUAAAAGUGCAGCCAAGGCAGAAAUAGACAUUUAUUUUCUCAGGUCACAACGUUUGGACGUAAUACAUGUUAUACAGGUUACUUCAGCUGAAAAGUACGAUCCCUUGCGUAAGCUCACAAUUCGUCCUUGACAUGCACCUUCUCUGCUUCCAGGGCCUCUUCCGCCUUCUUCUUUGCGAUGAACGGACAUUCAUGACCUUUAUGCGCGUG